AUGGCUACCCCUAAACCGGAGAGAAAGAUCGCAGAGAGCUACGUCGACGUGUUGAUCAUCGGUGCAGGACCAGCGGGGGUCAUGGCUGCCAUGGCGCUCAACAAAGCCGGCGUGUCAGUGCGGAUCGUGGAACAAAGGGACGAUAUAAUCCAAGCGGGUCAUGCGGAUGGGAUUCAACCGCGGACAUUGGAAGUGCUGCAUAGCUACGGACUUGGAGAGGUGAGCCUCAAAAGGCACGCGGCAUUUUAUCAAGCGGCGUUCUACGCACCUGACUCCGAAGGAGUAAUGACUGUAAGUCAUCCAGCAUUUCGGUGCAAACUUAUCAGUGACUCCGCACAGGCCACGAACCACCAAGGAGCCAUAGAACAAGUCUUCAUAGAGCUCAUGCGGGCCGAGGGGCUCGAAGUGCAGCGCUCUACUGUCCCCACCUCGCUUGAGAUCGCCGCGGAUGACGACAAGCUCAAGGAUCCCCAUGCGUACGUGCACAAGAUUGUGCUGCACAAAAAAGACCAAUCGGACCCACUGGCUACUGAGGUGGUGCAUUCGAAGUUUGUUCUUGGUGCAGAUGGCGCGCACUCGUGGACCCGCAACCAACUGGAUAUACGCAUGGAAGGGGACAGUUCAGACGCCGUUUGGGGUGUUUUAGACAUCGAAGCCGAAACCGACUUCCCUGAUAUCCACAACCAAUGCUUUCUCCACUCCGAGCACGGUGCCAUCAUCAUCAUCCCUCGCGAAGACAACCUCGUACGCAUCUACGUCCAGCAGCCACCCGCGGCUGUUGAGUCUCUCAUCGACCCCGCCACGGGUCGCGUGGACCGUAAGCGGACGUCGGUGUCGCGGCUGCUCGAGCAGACGCGCAGAGUGUUCGCGCCGUACCAUGUGGACGUGAAGAACGGCAAGAUCGAUUGGUGGACGGUCUACGUUGUGGGACAGCGAGUCGCCGACCGAUAUUCGGUGAACAACCGGGCUUUCAUCGCUGGAGACGCUUGUCACACACACACGCCCAAAGCAGGACAAGGACUCAAUGCUAGCAUGAACGAUUCACACAAUUUGGCGUGGAAGCUUGCUUACGUUCUGCGGGGAUGGGGGAAUUUGUCACUGCUCUCUACGUACGAAGCCGAGCGCCGCGCGAUCGCACAGAAGCUCAUCGCUUUCGACCGCAAAUACUCCAAGUUCUUCGACAAGCCCCGCUCGGACACGAACCUCGCCGGCGUCGAUACCGCCGAAUUCCAUCAGGCGCACCUCACGUUGACCGGCUUCAUCUCCGGUAUCGGCAUCCGCUACAACUCUUCUCUAAUUGCCUCCGAGCACCAGGCGCUCGCACACAAACUCGUCCUCGGCGAGCGGAUGCUCCCGCACUACUUCUGCGGCUCUGCGGACGCGCGGCCCGUCGAGCUCCAUGACCUCCUCCCCUCGGACACGCGCUUCAAGAUCCUCGUCUUCGGGGGCGACGUUUCCAUCCGGGAGGACAAAGCGCGGUUGCGAGCCAACGCGGAUGCGCUGGAAAGUCCCCGAGGGUUCUUGCGUCGCCUUGGGCGUGGGCGGGAGCGAGGCCAGUGGGAAGUAUUCGAUCUGCUGUGCUUCACGUCGGCGAAACUGGCGGUGCAUGAGUAUCUCGACUUCCCUCAGUUCUUUCGCGAGGACUGGAAAAGGGUUCUCGCGGACGACACGAACGUCAGCACUCGCCAGGGUGGUGGGGGGUACGAGCACUUCGGCAUCGACCCGCGCAAGGGAGCUAUCGUUGUCGUACGGCCGGAUGGAUACGUGAGCCAGAUCGCGCCGCUCGACGGCGUCGACGUGCUCGACAACUAUUUCGAUUCCUUCCUCAUCUGA